CAUACGAAAAAAAAAGAAACAAUUGCACCGUCCGUAAACAACACGCUCGCUCACGUUAAACUCAGUAAAAAGGUGUUAAGAAAGCGGGAUUUAAAUCGAUCGCACCAAAAUGAUAUCGUUUAAGCAACUCGUUUGCUUCCUGCUCUCACUGCUCUCCUUCAUGUCUGUGUUUUACUCCGUGGGCAAGCUGGGCAUAUUCCUGGCAACGCCCAGCCGCGCCCAACCGACGGCAACCCAAGCCUUCCCAGCGACCCGUGCCGAGCUGCGGGCGGCACUGUUUCCUCUGUUUUUCAACACAAUUUGGGUGGUUCUGUUCGUGUUGCAGCACAGUGGCAUGCGGGCUGAGAGGGUGAAGCGGCUCUGGAAAGCGAUCGGUCUUGAACUGGCCGAAAGAAGUCUGUACAACAUUGCAUCGUCCUACUGCUUGCUGCUAUUGUUGAAAAACUGGCAAACACCUUCCACCCAAUAUCGGCUGUGGUUCUUCGAGGUGGAAACGAACCGAACGCUUUGGUGGCUCCUGGUCGGAUCGCACGUGCUCUCGUGGAUUGUCGUGUACGGUGGCAGCUUGAUGGUGGAUUUGCCGGAGCUGAUCGGGCUGAAGCACGUGUACUACGACAUCAACGAUUUGGCGCCCCCGAUGUCGUACAAGUCGCGCGAUCUGCAGGACUACUACAAGCGCUACCGCCAUCCGUCGUUUGUGGCGCUGUCGGUUGUGCUGUGGUUCACCAACGGCAUGACACUCGAGCGCUGCCUGCUUGCCGUCGUGUGGAGCGUUUACAUGUACCUUGCCUGGAACACGACCGAGGCCGACCUGAAGUACCAGAAGCAUCAGCUGGAGCGGAAACGCGCCGAGCUGGUUCGCGUAACCAAAUAGACGGCCUCCCGAUGAGGGUGUACAAUCGGUGCCUUGCUUCACGCAAUUGAAUGGCAGCAUUAAUGUGUCGUGUUCAAACUGACUGAACUAAUUUAUAGAACUAGAUAGAAUUUUGGAGUGUAGUGAACUCCCAACAGAAAUGACUAAUAAACUAACCAAAGCAUUUAAUAAAAGGAA